CCCGCCCUCGCAGGAAGCGGAAGCGGCGCUCGGACUGCUGUGAGUUCUGGAGAUCAGCCAUGGGUGUUAAAGGCUUGCAGGGAUUUGUGGCAAGAGUUUGCCCUGAUGCAUGCAAAACGGUAGAUCUGAGAGAAAUGGCAGAAAAACAUCGCAUUGAUCAUCCUGAUUCCCCACCAGUUAUCGUAGUAGAUGCCAUGGGUUGCGUGAGACACUGGUACACACCAGAAUCCUGGGUGUGUGGUGGCCAGUGGCGAGAGUACCUUGCCAUUUUAGAGGAUUUUAUCAAAGUUUUUAUGGCAGCUGGUAUCAAAUUGGUGUUUUACUUUGACGGAGUGGUAGAAGAGAAAAAGAGGGAGGAGUGGAUCAAACGGAGGAUGAAGAAUACCGAGGAAAUAGCCAGAUUAUUCCAAUUUAUUAAGACUCACAGGAAACAGCCAGGGAGAGAAAUGUUUGUUCUUCCUUCAGCUCUGCCUACUUUUACACGUUACGCUCUGAAAUCACUUGGUCAAAAAACAGUCUGCACUUUGCAAGAGGCAGACUUUGAGGUGGCUGCAUAUGGUUUGCAACACGACUGUAUAGGAAUUCUAGGGCAAGAUAGUGACUACCUCAUCUAUAAUACAUGCCCCUACUUUUCCAUUGAGAACCUCCGUUUGGACAGACUGGUCACUGUUAUGUACUCUCGAGAAGUUCUUUGCCGUGUACUGGGUAUUAGUUUGACACACCUUCCUCUCUUUGCGUGCUUGCUUGGCAAUGAUGUUGUUCCAGAAAGCCUGUUAGAAGGCUUUUGGCACAAAUGUUUAAUCAACAGUCCCCACAGGAAUAACAGCUACAGCAGAAGAACAAAUAUACUGCUAUCUGUAGCAAAUUACAUCUCAAAAAUUCCAUGCUCAUACAGCAGCCUGAGACACUUGGAAGAGAUGCUACCUCUGGGAUCAGACAAGACAUUGCUUUACAGAGGAGUGAGCUCCUAUCUUUUGCCUGGGCAGCAGUCUCCAUGGAUUCCUCCCAAUAUAACAAAUUGUCAAAUGUUAUCCUUUCAACAACAAUCAGCUUUCUGUCAAGAUAAAGAAAUCUUUCAGUUAGCUAAAGAACAGCAUAUCCAAUCUGAAAAUUAUUCAAUCUUCAAUAUCCUGAGUAAUGGAGAGAUCGAGUGCAGCAACUCCUUGGAAGAUGACUGUGAUACAGAGAUUCCUGGACAGGCACUUAUCUACCGUMCUGCUCGUCAGCAUAUUUAUUCUAUCCUGUUGGAAUCUGGAAAAGGUGGAGACUAUCCUUUGGUAAAAGAGUGGUUUGUCUAUUCUGGAAAUCGUCUCAAGCAACCGGAUCUGAUACAACCUGUACAACCUUCUGUUACAGGUGGAACACCUAAUUUGAAAACACUCUGGCUUGCCAAAGGGCCUGAUGUGGAAAAGCAACGGUAUAAUACACUUCUGGCAUGCUUUCACCUUCAAGAGGAGAUGGAAGAACUCCAAGCUCUAGAAGCACCUGUUGCAGGAUUCUGCUGCUUGCUGGCCUAUCUUAUGAUGCAGGUCAGUAGCCUCUCUCUGGAGGACUUAAAUGCAUUCCUGGCACUCGUUCUCUGCCUCAAAGGGAAGUCAGCAGCUCAGCUGACAGGCCUGCAGCUUGCACAGGUAGACCCCAGGGCUGUCCAUCUGGGCGCUGUCCUUAUUCGUGGCCUUACGACUUUGCUCAUGGCUAACAGUGCCUGUGGCUUUCCAAUCAAAAUGGAUGAUCUGAUGCCUUGGGCAGUGUUUGAUGGAAAACUUUUUCAAGAAAAAUACCAGCAGUCGCACCGAGGUUGCUCCAUGGAAGAACUUUUGGAAGGCAAUAUGUCUUUGUAUACACCCUUCCAGAAUCUGAAGUCUUUCAUUUGCAAGGUUUGCACGGCAAAGAACAGAACGAUACAGAGCAGACCAAGAGGAAAUGGAUUUAAUGCAGGAAGAGAACAAAGAGAUUUUAAUCCCAGGUUCCAUCAACCGCACAGAAGUCAUUUUGUUUUUCCAUAUCAUACCCAGAUGAGGGGGUUCUCACAGAGACAUCCUCAAUCACAAGGUGGAGUAUCAGGACAUCCAGACCGGAGGAGAUACCACCUUCCUCCUCAGUAAAGAAUUCAUAUCCAUAAGUGGCAAACUGAGAUGGUGAAAUAGUUACCACUGGGAUCAUUUUUGUUUAUGAAAACCUGUUUUUAUUAACUUUGCUGAGUAACAGAACCAUGUGACUGUGGAAGAAAUCACACAAAGCUGAGGCUGUUCAGCUUGAUAGUCACUUAUCGUGUUAAGUCUAAGCUUGUUAUGAGACCAGAAUCACUAAAACUGAAGUUGCAGGUAGCUGAGGCACAGUAGCAUCCCAGUCUACCUACAUUGUUUUGUGCAUUUGAACAUGGAAAAGCUGAACUGUUUUUUAUAACAUUGUGAUCUAUUCCUGAGUGUGAAUUUAAGACAUAAACUAUAAUUUUUGCAUAUGUUUAAUAGUUGUUUAUAUUACAAGACUUUCCUCACCAUGACUAAUGUGUCAUGUCUAUGCUGUAUUGUGGUUUGUGUCUUGAUUGUGGAUCAUGUCUGUAUCUGAAGGGUUAUACCAUUGUUACUGAAACCCUGAAAACUUUGAAACCUCACUACACUGAUGUAAGCAUCAUCUGCCAGUGAAACAAAAUUACCUUCUUGUAAAUUGUAACACUUUCUUACAAGGGACAAAAAUUGCUUUUACAUUUGGUACCUUUAGCUAAACAACUUUUUAUUUCUUUUUCAACUGAGAAAUAAUCUGUCAUGCUCUGCUUCUAUAAUGAAUAAGACAUGUGAGCACUCAGUAUUUCUUUUCAGUCCAGAAUUCUAAUUUAAACACCUACCUUCAAAAUGAUUUCUUAAAAAUGGUUAUGUUUCACUUUGUAAUUCAAUUUCAGUGAUAUAUGUAUUUGUUUAGUUCUAAAAUCAAUGUGAUUCUCAAGAGAGGAGUCAGGCUCUUCUCCACAGUGCCAAGCAAUAGGAUAAGAGGCAAUGGGCAGAAACUGAUGCACAGGAGAUUCCACCUGGAUACGAGGAAAAACUUCUUCACUGUGCAGAUGACUGAGCACUGGAACAGAUUAUCUGGAGAGGUUGUGGAGUCUCCCUCACUGGAGAUAUUCAAGAACAAUCUGUAUAGUAUUCCUGUGCCAAGUGCUUGAGCAAGGAACUUGGACCAGACAACCCCCUGUGGUCCCUUCCAACCUGACCCAUUCUGUGAUUAUUCAGUUAAUGUUGAUUCUUAGGCCUUGUGCAGGUAAUUCCUUUGAGUCAUCUGUCAGUGGGACGUUGUUCCUGUUCACUAUCCAUGUUAAGUCAAAGUGAAUAGCAUUGUCAGACAUACAGAAAUCCAUACUAAAUUUCCUCCCAUGUAUUCUUCUGUUUGUAACCCAAUAAAUAUAUUCUUUCAUACUCUGUAUAUAGCAACAAUCCAAUGAAAUAAAUAAGAAAUCAGGAUUUGUAGUUUUGUUAAAAGUUUGAACAUUUUUACACAACACCAUGCCUUGAAUUGCAUUUCAGGCAUCCUGUUAUGUUAGGGAUAUUCCUGCUUUCUUUUUUGAUUGAUUUGUCAUGGACUGUAACUGUACUAUAAUUUUUUCUUUUAUUAUCAUUUUUAUCCCUGCCCUCCAAACCUUUUGAAAUAAUGUGGUCUGAAUUUUAUGGAAAGUUCACUUUUUUAUGGAAAGUUUCAGAGAUCUCGUGAUGUAUAAUAGUGUAUUUUAAAAGAAUGUGAUUGUGUGCCAGAAUUCGUUGGUAAUUCCUGCUUCAGACUUUGAUAUGAGAAAAUAUUUCUGUUGUCCUCAAUAAACAAAAUUAAAUACAGUUGGAGUGGGAGUUUUGCUGU